AUGAGAAUACGAAAACAUGAUUUCGUUUUGAUUGAUGACGAGAUGAAAUGUCGAUUGCACAAAAUCGUUGACAUGAAAAUAAAAAUAAAAAAGAAUUACAUAAAUUUAUUAUUUCUUAUAAAUAAAAAAUAUGGAUCUACAUUUACAUUUAUAAAUAAUAAAUGGGUAAGAAGUAAGAAGAAUACUUCUAAAUUAGAUAUAGAUAAUAAUAUAGAUAUUGAAGGUACUAAUAAAGAUAUAUAUUAUAAUAAUAAUUCUCAAAAAUUGACCGAAGAAAAUAUACAUGAAUUAAAAGAAAAUAAUUAUGAAAAUCCAUAUGAGGUAAUACAAAAGCUAGUAGAUAAUUCUUCAACAUUUAAAGAAAAAACGAUUAUAUCUAAAUUUAAAUAUAUUGAAAAAAAAUUAAAAAGACAUUUUUGUCAAUUUACGAUAUAUGAAUGUAAUAUAUCGAAUUUAGUACGUUUUUAUUAUAAAUAUUUUCCAGAAAAAAUAUCAAACGUCAGGAUAGAUUAUCUAGCAAACAUUCUGUUUCAUUUGAAUAAGGAUUCUAAUGAAAAGAACAAUAUGGAAAAUAAGGAAAAUAUGGAAAAUAUGGAAAAUGAUUCUUUAGCUAUGAUACAGGAAGAGACAAAUACAAGUAACAACAACAACAAUAAUAAUAAUAAUAAUAAUAAUAAUAAUAAUAAUAAUGAUACUAGUUCAUGUAGUAACCUUUAUAACCAUAAUGUCUUAAUAUACGAUGAUACCUUCGGAUUAAUGACAAGUGUUAUUAAUAUUACGUAUGACUAUAAUGUUAAUAUAUUUUCUCUCGUAUAUAAAAAUUCUUGUAGCUCCAUCAUACCGAGCUUCGGAAUUAAAAAAAAUACGAACAUUUUAAAAAUUAGGAUAUUAAAUUCUAGCUCAAAGGGAAGUAUUAAUAUGGCAACGAGAGAAACGACUGCUACGGAUAUGGUUGAAGUUACUACGAAGAAUAAUAAUGAUGAAAAAAAAAAAAAUAAUGAUGAAAAAAAAAAUAAUAAUAAUCAUAAUAUUGCACAUGUUGAUAAUAGUUAUAAUAUAAUAUAUCAAAUGAAUAAUAAUUUUUUGAAUAAAGAAAAUAAUUUUGUAAAGCAAGAUAUUAUGUCAACAAAUAAUCAUGAAAUUAUAGUACCUAAGAUAUUGUCUAAUAUAUAUGAGGAAAAAAUAAAUUGUGAAAAAACUCAUUCUUCUAAUGUUAAUUCUGAUAAUUUAGAUGAACAAAAUAAUAAGGAACAUGAAGUAACAAGUCCUAAUAUCUCUGUACUUAGUUAUCAUGAAAAAAGAAAAUUAAAUCCUAUAGGAUAUAUAAAUGAUAUAUCCAAUGAACGAAAUAAAAAAAUCAGAAAUUAUCAAGAGGAUUAUAAUAUGAAUAAUGAAAAUAUAAUAAAUUAUGAAGAAAUAAAAGAAAAAAGGAUGAUACAAGAUUUAUAUCAAAGAAAAGCUGAAUCAUUUGUUAUUAUUAUUUCAAGUGAAUUUAUUUAUAAUACAAAUACAAAUUUAUAUUUAUUAAUAAAUACUUUAAUUAAUGUUUCGUUGAAAUAUCUAAAAAAUGAUAGUAAAGUCAUAUUCUAUACAGACGAUUUUAAUAUAUUAAAUAUGUUUUUAAAAAUUUUAAUUAAUACAAACGCAUUUAUUCAUAUUAAAUUAAAUGAAUAUAUCUUAAGAGAACAACAAAUCAUUAAAAGAAGGACACACCCAGUUAUUAAAAAUGCAAAACUAUCAGAUGGAUUUUUAUUAACAGCUUUGAAAGUUGAAAGUUGA